GCUCACUCCCGCUUCUGCCGUCCCUAAGCCGUAGCUCAGCAGCGCUGAGCAUACCUCUGGAUCAAAAUGGGUCUCGCUGCCGCUAAGAACAAGCGGAAACUCGGCAACGACCCGAACAACACCAAAUGGUCGCGCAACACCGACUCGUUUGGCCAGAAGAUCCUAAGGGCGCAGGGAUGGCAGCCGGGGCAGUACCUCGGUGCGAAAGAUGCGUCGCACGCUGAAUGGCACACGGAAGCCAACCUGGCGCACAUCAAAGUAACGCUGAAGGACGACAACCUCGGCCUGGGCGCGAAACGAAACCAUGGCGAUGAGUGCACCGGGCUGGACGCUUUUCAGCACCUGUUGGGACGCCUCAAUGGCAAGAGCGACGAGGCCCUGGAGACGGAACGGAAGGCGCGGGAGGAUCUGAAGCUGAACCUGUACGUGGAGAGGAAGCUGGGCACGAUACGGUUCGUUAGGGGCGGAUGGCUGGUUGGUGAUCAGCUCAAGGAGACGGCCGAUGAGGUUCCGGAGUCGCAAGGCAACGCUGUCUCGGAGACGUCGUCAAGUGCCUCAGACCCCGCCACAAGAGGGUCCAGAAAACGGAAGGGCGACCAAGAUACCGAUGAAAAUCAUCAAGUCGAUGACAAAGCAGAGGGUCUGGACAGAAAGUCCAAGAAGAGGAAAACCAAGGCAGAGAGCGAGGAUGUGGCAGAAACGAAGGAUAAGAAGUCAAAAAAGCGACGAGCGGAGUCUCAUGGCGAUGAAGUGGAGGCGUCUUCCUCCUCAACAGGCAGCAAGCGGAAGAAGGACAAGAAGAAGGCCGAUGAGGACCCAGCUCAGACCACGAGCACUGCGUAUUCAGAGGCAGGGGAUAUUUCAGGUGAGGUUGACAAAUCGGACGAGGCCGAGAAGGUGAGGAAACAGAAGAAGGACAAGAAGAAAGAGAAAGGGAAGAAGAAAGAGAAGAAGGACAAGUCCAAAAAGCACAAAACGGCUCCGAGUCCAGAAACCGAGGCUGGCGACAAUUUAUCCGGAGACACGAAGCAGAGGAAAGAUGGCAGCCCCUCAGAACCCAUGGUAUCAGAGGAAGGCACGUCUUCAGCCCCCACCGCUGCGGAAAGCACCAUCUCUACACCAAGCGGCAGCGGCUACUCUACCCCCGUCCCCACCGGCUCAAGCAGAUACCUGGCAAGAUCAAGGUUCAUCGCCCAGAAAAGGAUGGCCUUCACGGACACAGCGGCGCUCAACCAGAUCUUCAUGAUUAAAUCGUAGUGUUAUAACUGUCUUAUCAGCAAUACGACUGCUACCUCCUCAUUGUUCGCCGUUCAUGGAUAUGUCUACACCGACAGCGGCUCGUUCAUACUAAGGUAGUAGUUAAUCCAACCACGUUUUCAC